AUGACCCGUCGCGAAGCUAAUAACCUUGCUUUACACGAAAAUCAGCAUGCCCCUCCUGUUUCUUUCACUUUGAGAUCCAACGAGAGAUUCCACAUUAUUCAAAAAUGCACAGCUAGAUCACUGAUACACAAGGACGACAGCAUCCAGGAAGGACCUCUUGGUUUACCACUAAUUACUAUUAAAAGGAAGUUCGCUCUCAUCUUACCCUCUAUUGAAGAAGCAUUUGAUGAAGAUGGAUCCAAACCACAAAUUGCUGAGGGGGCCAAGGCCAAACUAGAAAAACCAGAGAGAGAACCAAAACCAAGAGAAGGCCCCAGCAAGAAAAGACAUCCUGCUGAAAGGGAGCCGCCACGAAGAAAACGCUACUUACAAGAAGGAUUUGGCCAACAAUUAAGAGUCUAG